CCCCUCCCCUGCAAUCUCUCCUCUCUUCUCCCCCAGAUCCCUCUCUGUCUCUCUCUCUCUCUUUGGAUUGGAAAGAAGAGAGAUUGGGUCGUGACACUCCACCUCCAUCGAUCCCCUCGAGACCAUAUGGAUCCCAACUGGCGGCCCACCCAAGGGUGUGGCCCCGCCGCCGCCGCCCCCGCCGCUGCCGCUGACCCGCCCCCCGCCGGAGGCGACUGGCGCGCCCAGCUCCAGCCCGAGGCGCGCGGCAGGAUCGUCGAUAAGAUAAUGGACACUCUGAAGAAUCAUCUGCCAGUAUCUGUGUCUCUGGCGCCAGAGGCACUGAGCGAACUUAAAAAAAUCGCUGCGCGGUUCGAAGAAAAGGUCUAUACCGAAGCAACCAGUCAGUAUGAUUAUUUGCGGAAGAUUUCUGUGAAGUUGCUCUCCAUGGAGACGCAGAGACAGCAGGCUGCUGGAAAUGCUCAGCUGAUUCCAAAUCAAAACAACCCUGCCCCUGGACUCCAUCCACAAGGCAGUAAUCAAGCACAGACAUCAGCAGUUCCCUUGAUGUCUCAGCAACAGGCCCGGCAGCCAAAUGCUUCUACAUCUGUACAAGCUUCUUCACUCACUAAUAUCAGACAGAACUUGCCAGGUGUCAACCAAACAUCAACGAUGCAGACUGCGUCUGUCAUUCCACAAAACACAAUGAAUAAUGACUUGGCGCAAGGCACUUCACAAGAUGGUUAUGCUGCACAAAGGCAAAUGGCAGGCAGGCAGCAACAGCAACAAUCUCAGCAAUUAAUUUAUCACCAGCAUCAACAGCCUUCUCUGCAGAGUCAGCAGCCCAAUAUUCCUUUACAACAGCAGCAACAACAGUUGAUGGGACAACAGCCAAAUUUACAACAAAAUCAGCUAAUUGGUCAACAGAAUGGUGCUGUGAUGAUGCAGCAGCAACAGAGGCUAGCAGUUCAGUCAAAUAAUCUUUUGAAUGUGCAGCAAACACAUCAGAUGUUGAACCAGCAGUAUAUACCUUUGUAUCAGCCACAACAAUUGGGCUCUCAGGCAAACAUGUCGAGUCUACAGCAGCAUCAACAAAAUCAACAGCAGCAGCAACUUUUUGGAACUGUGCCUAAUGUGUCAAGCAUGCAGUGGAUGCAUAUGCAACAAAGAAAAGCUCAGCAACCACAGCAACAACAUGCUCAGCAGCCACCAAUGGGUUUGAUGCAACCUCAGUUUCAACACAACCAACUUCAACAAUUGCAACAUCUUAUGCCACAGUUCCAGUCUCAGCCUAACCAACUACAAGAGCAAUUAAGGAUGCAGCAGCAAUCCUCCAUGCAGCAAAGACUUCAAACUUCAGGAGCCAUGCUCUUGCAACAAAAUAACAUGGAUCAGCAAAACCAGUUUAUUCAGGCACCGAGGGGCCUUCAAGAAGUUUCCUCUAGUACAUCUGCGGACUCUACUGCUCAAACAGGCCAUGCAAGUGCAGGUGAUUGGCAAGAGGAGAUACAUCAAAUGAUUAAGAGGUUAAAGGACCAAUACUUUGCAGAACUCAGUGAAUUAUUCAAUAAGGUGUGUGUGAAGCUACAGCAUGUUGACAGCAUUAUUCCACCUCAAAUAUCAUCUGAGCAGUAUGAUAGAAUGAAGAGCUUUAAAAUAAUGUUGGAGCGCAUAUUACAAAUGAUGCAAAUUGGUAAAAGUAGUGUCCAACCUGCUAUGAGGGACAAAGUUCCUCGAUAUGAGAAACAGAUUAUCAGUAUCUUGAACUCACAAAGGAAGCCAGUGCAGCCACAAAUACAACAACAAUUCCAGCCACCUCCAGGCCAUGCAGGUGCAGGUGAUUGGCAAGAGGAGAUCUAUCAAAUGAUUAAGAGGUUAAAGGACCAAUAUUUUGCAGAACUCAGUGAAUUAUUCAAUAAGAUGUGUGUGAAGCUACAGCAUGUUGACAGCAUUAUUCCACCUCAAAUAUCAUCUGAGCAGUAUGAUAAAAUGAAGAGCUUUAAAAUAAUGUUGGAGCGCAUAUUACAAAUGCUGCAAAUUGGUAAAAGUAGUGUCCAACCUUCUAUGAUGGACAACGUUCCUCGAUAUGAGAAACAGAUUAUCAGUAUCUUGAAUUCACAAAGGAAGCCAGUGCAGCCACAAAUACACCAACAGUUCCAGCCUCCUGCAGGUUAAGAGCCUGAAGGAUCAAUACUUUGCAGAACUCAGUGAACUGUUCAAUAAAUUAUCUGUGAAGCUACAGCAUGUUGACAACAUUAUACCACCUCAAAAUCCAUCUGAAAAGUACUCCCUCCGUUUUUAUUUACUCUGCAUAUUAGAGUUGACUGAAGUCAAACUUCGUAAAGUUUGACCAAGUUUAUAGAAAACAACAUAAACAUUUACCAUAACAAAUCUAUAUGAUGUGAAAGUACAUUCAAUAAUGAAUCUAAUGAUAUUGGGUUGUUAUUGUAUAUGUUAAUAUUUUUAUUUAUAAACUUAGUCAAAGUUUACAAAGCUUGACUUUGACCAAAACUAAUACGCGAACUAAAUUAAAACAGAGGGAGUAUGACAGAAUGAAGAGCUUUAAAAUAAUGUUGGACCGUAUAUUACAAAUGCUGCUAAUUAGAAAGAGUACUAUCCAACCUGCUAUGUGGGACAAAGUUCCUCAAUACGAGAAACAAAUUAUCAGUAUCUUGAGUUCACAAAGGAAGUAGUGCCGAAAAAAAAGGAAGCUAGUGCAGCCACAAAUACAGCAACAGUUCCAGUCACCUUCAGGACAAGCUCCUAAUUCUAGCAUUUUGCAGCAGAAACAGGCUUCCCAAAAUUUGCAGCAGCAUGAUAGGCAUACUAAUACUCAAGCAAGUACCUGAUUACAGUCCUCUAGUGCAGAUGGUAUCCAGCAUGUACCUGCGCCUCCAACAACAAACUUCAGUGGCCCCAAGCAGCAAAAUGGUGCAAGCAUAUAGCAUCAGAUUCGCUCUAAUUUGGAGGCAAUUUCAAUUCUUUGCAACAUGGUUCGUCGAGUGGCGCAUUACAAUAGGGAAGCACCGGGCCGAUGCAGACAAUGAAUACACAACUGCAGACAAGUAGUGGCAUGUUAUAUCACAACCCAAUGAGUACACCAACCUAAUGGUAACUCCAUGCAAGAAAAUGCAAGUUCAUUACAGCAGCUGAAGCAGCAACAGCAGGAUCAUCAUAUGAUGCAGUGUCAGCAAACAAAGCAUCAGAUGUUUCAACAGUACCAGCAAAAGCAACAAAUGCUUCAACAGCAGCUCCCAGUACAGCAACAAUUAUAGAAACAACAAGUACAGAUGCAGCUUCCACAGCUUCAUGCUGGAGAUGAUGUUAAUGAGUUAAAGGUUAGACAAGGAACUGCAAUGAAACCUGGAGUUUAUCAACAGCACUUGGGCCAAUGCAGUAACUAUUAUCAUCAUCACAGUUGAAACAGAGUGGUGCUUUCCCAAUUUUGUCACCACAAAACUUCCAAGCAUCAUCCCCACAAAUUUCGCAGCAUUCUCCUCAAGUUGAUCAGCACAAAUUUCGGCUGUUUCAAGUACUACUAUACGAUGCAAAACAAUUCUUUAACUGCAUGGUGCACACUCAUGAGUAUCCUUGGAUCCUGAUGUAACUAUCAAGUCCCUCGCCUUGUGAUAUCCUUCUGCAAUGAGAAUCCAACCAGGCCAAUCCUUUUUUACCUUAACAUAUAUGAAAUAUAUGGUCAGUGUUUGCUUUGCAAAGAUAAAGAUGCUGCUCGUCUGGCUUGCUUGAAGUCUUUUCCGCUUGCUGUUGGAGCAUGGACACAGCAGGGUGGAGGCAACUCGCACCAGAUCGUGGAUGUGGAGGGAGGCGGUGAUUGACAGUUGAGAAGGUGGACGGGGUGGACGCUCGCUGCAGCCGAAGGAGCGCGCCAUGGGUGCAGGUGGAGGAUCAAGGCUAUCACCAGGAACUACCAAUUACAGACAGCAGUGUGGCACGAUUUGGAAGAGGUAAACAAACAUCUAGGGGUCCUCUGUUUCUUCCAAAGCAGAGGAAGAAACGAUGGGUCUGAUCCCACACUCGGCAACAGUGGGACCCGUUCAUUGGUCGUUGUUUGCCACUGGUGUGGAAUCAGUAGUAGUAAUACUAAUUUACUUGCUGCUGAAAAACUGACUGUCCAUUUGGAAGGGUACCAGCCACAUACGAAAGCAUGUCCUUCAGUUCCUACUUUACAAUGCUCACGGUGACACGCAUCUGAGAUUCUGAAUGUGCAACAUCCAAGACAUGGUGCCACGCCUUGAAGAAUCAGCUUUCUAACCACACAGCAUGCUUUCUAAAGGGCACCGCUAGGCAUCAGACUACUACCGAUGGUUUGCUUCCUGUCAGACCGGUUGCUAGCGAUUAGGUACAUUCCAGUCGUCUGACCUAUAAAUGCUUGAUUUGUCGAUAAUUACUUCCGUGAAAUCUGCUGCUUCCUAAUUGUUGUCCCCACAAUCUGUGAUUUGUUUCCUAGAACUGCUUCCUGGCUUCAAAUUCCAUUAUUUGCGGAUAUAAUUUCGGAAAAAUAUGGUUAUUUUUCCCAAGUAAAUUCUGCUAUUAAUUAUGAAAUUUAUAAGAUGUGUUUCCUUA